AUGUCAUAUUUUUCUUUAAUCUAUACAUUUCACUUACAUCUUUUCCUACCAAACUCAACACUUUCAUCAUCAUCAUCAUCAUCAUCAUCAUCAUCAUCAUCAUCAUCAUCAUCAUCAUCAUCAUCAUCAUCAUCAUCAUCAUCAUCAUCAUCAUCAUCAUCAUCAUCAUCAUCAUCAUCAUCAUCAUCAUCAUCAUCAUCAUCAUCAUCAUCAUCAUCAUCAUCAUCAUCAUCAUCAUCAUCAUCAUCAUCAUCAUCAUCAUCAUCAUCAUCAUCAUCAUCAUCAUCAUCAUCAUCAUCAUCAUCAUCAUCAUCAUCAUCAUCAUCAUCAUCAUCAUCAUCAUCAUCAUCAUCAUCAUCAUCAUCAUCAUCAUCAUCAUCAUCAUCAUCAUCAUCAUCAUCAUCAUCAUCAUCAUCAUCAUCAUCAUCAUCAUCAUCAUCAUCAUCAUCAUCAUCAUCAUCAUCAUCAUCAUCAUCAUCAUCAUCAUCAUCAUCAUCAUCAUCAUCAUCAUCAUCAUCAUCAUCAUCAUCAUCAUCAUCAUCAUCAUCAUCAUUAUAUUUGUAG